AUGGAAAAAACGAUAUUGAAAGAAAUUCUGGACCUUAUAAAACGGCCUGCAAGCUCAGAAUUACUUGCGCAUGUAUGUGAUCAAGCAUCACUCGUUAUUCCGUGUUACCCGACAACCAACAAUGCAAAUACACUGGCCACAACGGAUGGAAAAUAUGGCGUACUACCACCUUUGGCUUCAUUUAUUGGUUUUAUGGUCAAAAGAGCCUCUGUUCGUGUAGGCACUUUGCUUGGUUGUUUAGUAUUCCUUCAGAGGUUACAACAAACCUUAUUUCACGUUGCUAAAGGAAUGCCUUGUACUUCUUACCGCAUCUUUUUAGCUACUCUGAUUGUUACAUCCAAAUCAUUACACGAUACUUCACCUAAAAACAAACAUUGGGCCAGAUAUGCAAGCUAUUUUACGCUGCCUGAAAUUAAUUUAAUGGAAAAGCAGUUGUUGUCCUUACUGAACUAUCAUGUCAUUAUCUCUCCUUCUGAUUUAGCCAAUGUUUAUAUUCGAUUCAAAAAGAGUUGUUUGUCCCCAACGAUUCAAUCGCCUGUCUUUAUGAAGCCUGUUCCAGCUGUGCUGACAAGUACUCAUACGAAUGAUAUAGAUAUGCCUAGUUAUGCAGCCUUGUAUUCUCACUCAAACAAAAAGUUCUCUCUAUCAAACACAUCACUUUCUUCUACUGAAUCUGACUCUUCUGUGGAUACUCUUACAGACGAACAAACCACCCAACACUAUUUCGCUCAAUCAAUGGAAGACAAACUACCUCCAAAAGUACAUUGUAAAAGCAGAAAACCAUUUCUUGUGAACAUCUUGCUCUAUGAUAAAGACAGUAACUAA